GGCACACGAGCGAGAAGAUUGGGUCCCGGGCGCGGUGGGAGCCGGGGCUUCCUGGCCCACGCUCGCUUCGGGCUCCCACUUGGACCGAGGCCCAUGAGGUCCUUCCUUUGUUCAGGAACUGCCAAACGUGAACACGGGCCGGCAAAGCGUCUCCAGCACCGUGGCCAAGCUCCGGCAUCGAGCUCGAGAUUGCACCGGCGCCGCUCGACGCUGCCUGGACGACACUAGAUCAGCGUCGACUAUCUGCAUCUACUGCUGCAAGACCCACACAGGCCUUCGUCCUCCUGGUCGUAUGAUCAGGAAGAGAUCUGGCCUGGCCCGUAUUAUCCACGUGCAUCCUCUACGGACUUUCUUUUUGGUCCGGGAAUUAGUUAUCUACAUCAUGGUGGGCACGUUACCACGUCGACAACAAGAUGCGAUCAGCAGGACUCUUCUGACGGCAGUCCAGGAUUUCAGCCCGAUACUCAAAAGGAGUCUGCAUGUGUUGAGGAAUGUGCGGCUUGGUGCAAUGACCGCCUGCACCUUGGUCAUCGCCAAAGAGCUGCUUGUCGCCGCCUUGACACCAUGUGCCAGAUUGUGCGACUUGGUGCAUGGACAACUUGCACCAUUGUCCUUGCCAUCGCUCUGGUUGUCGCUGCCUGAACUCCCCCAAGUCCUUGUGGACAAGACUACCACCGAAGCCAUUACCAUGACCGCGGUAGUGACGCAAGGAUCGACAACAACCACCAUCCUGAAGACAGCUCCACUGAGAGUGCUCUGUUUCCUGGCAAGCACUGACGACAGCCUUGGCGCGCUUUCUGGCGGUGUGUGCUCAAAAAUGGUGGGAGCAAUUCACGUGGGCUACAAAGUGUUGAACGGAACAGGUCUGCACUGGCCCGCAUUACCGACGUGCAUUCUCUCAGGACUUAUCUUUCGGUCCAUGAAUUAGUUAUCUCCGCCAAAGUUGCCGCGGCCACGGUAGUGCCCACGGCCGCGGCCACUGGAGUGCCCACGGGAACAGGUCUGCACUGGCCCGCAUUACCGACGUGCAUUCUCUCAGGACUUAUCUUUUCGUCCGUGAAUUAGUUAUCUCCGCCAA